AUGAAACAAUUUACAAUAUUAUUAUUGACAUUUAUAUUAUUAUCUACAAUUAUGACUGUUGUUGAAGCAGCACCAUCACGACAAGUUCGAUAUAUCAAGGGACCAGCAGCAUCUAGUGACGUUGCAAAUAAGAUAAAUAGUCAAAUGAGCGCAUCAGAAUGUGAUUGUCCCGGAGUGUAUUGUGGACCUGGCUGUACAUGCUGUGUAGCAUAA